AUGUCAGGCUCAUCACAAGAAGAUAAUAAGAGUAAUGCUCAGGAAAACCAAGACGAAAAAGAAUCUUGCCCUGCGAAAGGAAUUGUAUUUUCUCUUGGAGUUGGGUUUACUUCAAUAGGGAUCUUUAAAAAAGUAAGCACAAUUUUUGCAUAUGGGAUGAUGGGAGCAUUUGCUUUUUACCAACUAUUAAAUCACUAUGGAUAUGCAAGUGUUAACUGAAGUGAACUUUACCACAAAAUCAAAGGAGACCUCAACUCUUCAGAGCUCGUCUCUCUCAGUGUCAAAGAGUUCCAUCGAAAAAGAGAAGGACUCAAAAUCACUCUAGAAAAAGUCUUUGGGUUUAUCAUUGGCAGCAUGAUAGGUUUCUUUAUUUUUUAA